AUGACAAUCUCCUAUAAGGUAUCUCUAUUCCCAGUCAACAAUGGAUCAUUCGUCAAUGGCACCAUUCACAUCUCUCUCUUCAAACAUCAAUGUAUUAGGAUUGGUCAAUUGCUGCUUGGACAUCUUUUCUCACUCUCUCUUUACAAAGAGAUCAUGGAAAAGAAACGAGAUCUACAAGUGAAGCUACCAUCAUCCAUACGCGUCAAUGAUGUUAGGCCAACACUUAGUCGAUUCCUAGUCACAAUUAAUACCAACAGCACUGACCAAAGACACAUACCUUUACUCAAGAACGCUUAUGAACAGUUCUACAACAACAUUGGUCGAAAUAUCAAGUUUGUUGGAGGUGUUGACAAGACUAUAGCAAUGGAUCAUCAAGUCUAUCGCGUGGAAGAAGCAGAAGAAUUAGAAUAUGGAGACAUACAACAAAGAAUGGCAUUGCAACACCGACCACUGACUUGGCUGACUACCUUUGACGAUGUUAUCGAACAGGAUGAAGCUGUACAAGAAGAGGACGCAUCGUCGUUGACAUCAUUGAAAGAGGGACUACAACUACACCUUCCAUCUCUAUCAAUCAUUGCAGGCAUGACAGAAUCCGGCCAGACAAAUCUAUUGAAGUUGUUGGUUCCGCACAAUCAUCAAGAGUUCAAUCGCAUCUAUCUUCUUUGUCCAACAGCAGAUCUACAAGAUCAAUACUCUUUUCUCGAUCAAAGAUAUGUAUUCAAACAACCAACAGAAGAAAUCAUCUACAUGAUCAUUCAACAACAAGAAGAAUACAAGAAGAAAGGAACACAAAAAAAGAUAGCUAUUGUGUUGGAUGAUUGCAUUGGAAGUGUAGAGUUCCAACACAACAAACUAUUUGACAAGCUGGCCACGAGUAGCAGACACUAUUUCAUUAGCAUCUUCAUUCUCAUUCAAGACCUCAAGAAGCUAUCACCCACCAUCAGAGACAACGCGUCAACAUUGUUCAUCACUCAUUUGAAGGAACAUUCAUUAAGAAGCGCGUUUGAAUUGAGCAGAGGAUACGGAACAGAGAGAGAGUUCAAAGAGUUUUUGGGCCAUUCAUGUUGCGACUAUCAAGUAGUCAGACUCAACCUCACAGCCAAACAGAGUGCUCCAGUACUCAUAUUCAAGACGGAUGUUUGUCCAAAGUUUGUGAUCAAGUAA